CGCCCUCUUCAAGGUUUUCCCCCAAGAUUAAAAAGUGAUCUACAGAACUAGAAUGGUUGUUUUCCACACGGACAAGCUCGGUCUCUCCGUGACCUUUGGUGUCUACGUCCUGAUGUUUUAUGCAGACUAUGCCAUAGUGUAUCAAGUCAUCGAGUACGGAAAACAUGAGAGUUCUACAAGCCGCACAAUGCAAAUGCUACUAACUCAUGUACUGUUGAUAAUGUGCAUCUUUUGUCACCUAAGAGCAAUGCUGUCAGAUCCAGGUUAUGUUCCAUUGCCGAGGACGAAAAUAGAUUUUUCGUCAGAUUUAGAGAUGGUUACCACGACCAUAGUCAAUGGCAAAAAGAAAGUGCAACCCCCAGCGAUUGAUGCUUGGACUCCGUGCAGUAAAUGUGAGACGUAUAGACCACCGCGAUCACAUCACUGUCGGAAGUGUCGCCGCUGUGUUCGACGGAUGGAUCAUCACUGUCCUUGGAUAAAUAACUGUGUGGGAGAGAAAAACUUCAAAUACUUCUUCUCAUUUGUCGUUUAUAUUGCAAUAUACACACUCUAUGGAUUUAUCCUGGUCAUCAAUGAUUGGAGAGUGCAUUAUGGGGACGAUAAGCAGACACCCGCUGAUAAAGUGAUGACACUAGUGCUGUUCUUCGAGUGUGCGAUUUUCGGAAUGUUUGUACUAGCAGUCGGAUCAGGACAGGUCAUAGCUAUCUUGUGUGAUCGUAAUGCCGUGGAGAUACGUCGCUAUGGUCACCCGAAGAGGUUUCCCACCACCCCGAGAAUGGUGCUUAUUCAAGGAAUGUGUGGAAGAGGUUCCAAACUCCUGUGGCUGGUUCCGUGUGUGGCUCCGAGGAUACCCGACCCAAUUCCACCAUCCAAGUAUGCAUCAGCACUCAACGCUUCAGUUCAUAAUGUCUAACUCUGAUAAUAUUAACUUCUAUAGAACUUUGUUUUUUGAUCCUCUCGUUUAUAUAUACAAUUUAUUUACACGCCCUUUUGGGUGUGUUUUAUAAUAAUUUUUAUGUUACUUAAUAUAAUUAUUAUUGUGUGCAGCUG